AAAAUUUCCCUCUUAUAGUCAUAUUCCCAAAUGGGUCUUCUGCAAAACAUGCUAUUGAUCAUAGUAUCAGCUGUCUUUGCCGUUGUUUCUGCUGCUGCUUGUUCUGAUGGUGAAUGCAGGCUCCUCGAUGAGUGCUCUUCUGACGGAGAUUGUAUGUCUGGGCUCUAUUGUUUCUCCUGCCCAGAAGGAUUUUCGGGUUCCAGAUGUGUGAGAUCAAAAGUUACUGACCAAUUCAAGCUAUUGAACAAUUCUUUGCCCUUCAAUAAGUAUGGAUUCUUAACGACACACAAUUCCUUUGCGAUUGAUGACGGAGUUCCGCGAUUAACCUUUACGAAUCAAGAAGACGAUAUCACUCAACAGCUAAAUAAUGGUGUUAGAGCUCUUAUGCUGGAUACAUAUGAUUUUAAAGGAGAUGUUUGGUUGUGCCAUUCUUUUAAGGGGAAGUGUUAUGACUAUACUGCCUUUGGGCCAGCUCUAGACACCUUAAAGGAGAUAGAAGCCUUCUUGUCAGCUAACCCAUCAGAGAUUGUUACAUUGAUCUUAGAAGACUAUGUUGAAUCCCCAAAUGGAUUAAGAAAAGUCUUCACAGAUGCAGACUUGAUGAAGUACUGGUUUCCAGUGUCAAGCAUGCCUCAAAACAGUCAGGACUGGCCGCUUGUAAGUGACAUUGUUGCUAAGAACCAAAGGCUUAUAGUCUUUACAUCGAAAAUGUCUAAACAAGAGACUGAAGGAAUAGCCUACCAGUGGAAUUUCAUGGUUGAAAACCAAUAUGGGAAUGGAGGAAUGAAUGCAGGAAGUUGCUCUAAUCGAGGUGAAUCAACUCCUCUUAAUGACAAAAGUAAAGCUUUGAUUUUGAUGAAUUACUUCCCAACAGUCCCCAUCAAGCAAAUUGCAUGCCAACAUAAUUCAGAUGAUCUCAUCAACAUGCUUCACACAUGUUAUGGUGCCGCUGGCAAUCGAUGGGCUAAUUUUGUCGCUGUUGAUUUUUACAAGAGGAGUGAGGGUGGAGGAGCAUUUCAAGCUGUAGACACCCUUAAUGGGGAAUUGCUGUGUGGGUGUGAUGAUGUGCAUGCAUGUGUGCCAGGAUCAACUUCAGGAGCUUGCAUUCCCCCAUGAGAAACAGAGUAUA